AUGCGAGAGUCUCCUCCUACAAGAAAAAUAAGAUAUGGUCUUUCGUCACUUUCAAUCUCAUUUUCAAAACGUUCUCAUUUGAAUAAACGAAAACUUGUACGUGAUAUAGCUACACAAUCAUCACCACAACAAACAGUUACACAUAAAAGUUUACAUGAUUCAAGUCAUUUAGAGAAUAGCAACACACCAAACAUGAUAACAGCUAUAAAUUCAAGAUCCAACGAAUAUUUAUCUAAUCAACGAUAUUAUCAAUAUCCAACAUCAUCUAGUUGUCCAUCAACAAAACAUAAUAAAUCUGUAAAAAAUACGUUACUUGGUCUAUGGCAAAGCUUUAAUACUGAUGAAUUACAAUUGUCUUCAUCAUCACCAGUCGAUUCAAAAUAUUUUGAAGAUCAUGUAAAAAAAAAUAAUCAAAGUCGAAAAGCUUUUUCAAAUGUUGUUACGAUAUUUCUAACACCAACACAAGUAAAACAGGAACGAAAUCAAUGGAUACAAUUAGUCGGUCAUGAUGGAACAUUUAAAACAGGAAUUCAUGAUGGUUAUAUAUUAAAAGAAUUAUGUGAACAUGAACGACAUUGUUGUAAAUUACUUCAAAAUGAUUUAUUAAAAGAUUUUGUUCCAAAAUAUAAUGGAACUGUUCAAGAUGAAGAAGGAAAAUUAUUUAUUGAAAUAGAAGAUUUAUUAGCUACAUUUCAUGAACCAUCUAUAAUGGAUUGUAAAAUUGGUGUAAGAACUUAUUUAGAAGAAGAACUUGAUAAGUCUGAACGCAAUCCAGAACCAAGAACUGAUUUAUACAAUAAAAUGAUUGCAAUUGAUUACUUGGCUCCAACAGAAAAAGAACAUGAGGAGAAAAAAAUUCUUAAAUCACGUUAUAUGAUUUGGCGAGAAAGUUUAAGUUCAAGUCAAAAUUUAGGUUUUCGUAUUGAAGCUAUUCAAAAAUCUGAUGGUUUGAUGUCAAAAGAGUUUCAAAGAAUUAAAGGACAUAAUGAUGUUAAAAAACAGUUAAGUGAAUUUAUUGCUAAUUCAUUCCCACGUGCUAUUCAAUAUCUCGAACGUCUUAUUAAAUUACGUUCAGCAUGUAUUCGUUCAAAUUUUUUUCAAACUCAUGAAUUAAUUGGUUCAUCACUUUUAUUUGUACAUGAUGAAAAUAAAGCCUCAAUAUGGAUGAUUGAUUUUGGAAAGACACGAUUAUUACCUAAUAAUAUUCAUAUAACACAUGAAAAACCAUGGAUACGUGGUUCACAUGAAGAUGGUUAUUUAUUUGGUUUAGAUAAUUUAAUAUCAAUUUUACGAGAAAUAAUUAAUGAACUAUAA